CUGCAGGGAGGCAUUGGCAGAAGGACAGGGAGGAGCCAGAGCCGGGAGGUGCAGCUGCUAGUGCUGCUGCCGCUGCUACUUUCCCCAAUCUCCCUGCUUUGGGCAGUUACCACGGAUCUGCCCUCUGCUUCCCACUCCUGCUGCUUCCCACUCCAGGAUUCCUAGCUGUCUCCCUCCCUUCCGACAUGCUCCUGAUCCUGGGACUCUGCUUGGGGCUUCCCCUCUGUGGCGGGCAGCAGGAGCCCCUAGCGCUGGCCGAGGAGCUGGAAGAGGCGCUAUGGUGGGGUGACCAACAGAUUGGACACCGAGUCCCAAGACAGGUCAGACUACAACAGAGACUGAAAACCAAGCCCUUGAUGACCCACUUUUCAGUGAAAUCUACCAUUAUCUCUCGUUAUGCCUUCACCAUGGUUUCCUGUGGCUUGCUGAAUAGAGCAUCAGAGGACAAGGAAGUUGAAUUUCAGAUGCAGAUUCCAGCUGCGGCCUUCAUUACCAACUUCACUAUGGUUGUUGGAGACAAGGUUUAUCAAGGGGAAGUUGCAGAAAAAGGAAAGAUACGUGGUGAUAGGGCAAAAAAACAAAACAAUAAAACCUUGGAAGAUAAUGGGGAGAAGGAGACUGAAACUUUCAGCGCCUCUGUCAUCAUUCCUGCCAAGAACAAAGCUGCCUUCUUCCUACAUUAUGAAGAGCUUUUGCAGAGAAGGCUGGGAAAAUAUGAGCACGUGAUCAGUGUCCGGCCUCAGCAGCUUUCGGGGAGACUGCAUGUGGAAGUGAAUAUUCUGGAAAAGUCGGGCAUUGUAUCCCUUGAAGUGCCACCGCUUCAAAAUAGCAGGCAGAAGGGCAGUGGGAGAGCAGAGGAUGAUGUUGGCCCACCUCAUUCCACAGAAAUCAACAAAAAUGAAACUUUUGCCAAGAUAACUUUUAAUCCUAGUAUCAUACAACAAGCCAAGAUUGCCCAGAAUGGCAUUUUAGGGGAUUUCAUCAUUAGAUACGAUGUGAACAGGGAGCAGAGAGUUGGGGACAUUCAGGUUCUGGAUGACUACUUUGUGCAUUACUUUGCCCCCAAAGACCUCCCUCCUUUACCCAAGAAUGUGGUGUUUGUCCUUGAUAGCAGCGCAUCUAUGGUGGGAACCAAGCUUAGACAGACCAAAGAUGCUCUCUUCACUAUCCUGCAUGAUCUAAGACCACAGGAUCAUUUCAAUAUUGUCGGGUUUUCUAAUCGGAUCAAAGUAUGGCAGGAUCGCCUGGUAUCGGUGACUCCCAACAACAUCAGGGAUAGCAAGGUCUACAUUCACCACAUGACACCUACUGGAGGCACAGACAUCAAUGGAGCUCUGCAGAAAGGCAUUGAACUGCUUAAUGGCCACAUAGCCGACAAUGACAUUGAUGCCAGGAGUGUGUCUCUCAUUGUCUUCCUAACGGAUGGGAAGGCCACAGUGGGAGAGACCCAGUCAAGUAAAAUCCUCAGCAACACAAAAGAAGCUGCCCAGGGUCGGGUCUGCAUCUUCACCAUUGGCAUUGGAAAUGAUGUUGACUUCAAACUGUUGGAGAAGCUGUCCCUGGAGAACUGUGGCAUGACCCGGCACGUGCAGGAGGAGGACAACGCCAAGGAGCAGCUGAUUGGGUUCUACGAUGAGAUCAGAACGCCUCUACUCUCUGAUAUCCGAAUUGACUAUCCACCUGGCACUGUUGAGCAUGUCACCAAAACUCUUUUCCCUAAUUACUUCAAUGGGUCUGAAAUCAUCAUUGCUGGGAAACUGGUUGACAGUCAUUUGGACAAUCUGCAUGUGGAAGUCACAGCCAGCAACAGUAAGAAAUUUGUGGUUCUGAAGACAGAUGUGCCUGUUGGGUCCCAAAGCACAGGGAAUGAUGUCACAGGGAUUUCUACUCCAAAGGGCCAGGAUGCUGACCGAAACUAUAUUGAGCGGCUCUGGAGUUACCUAACCAUUAAGGAGCUACUGACUUCAUGGCUGAAGAGUAAUGAUGAGCAAGAGAAAAAACAUUUGAUGGAGAAGGCUCGGGCUCUUGCAGUGAAUUACCAGUUCCUCACCCCUUUCACUUCCUUGGAAGUAAAAGAAUUGGCAUCUGAAGCAACUCAGAUGGCAGUGAAAGAAGUCUAUGGAAGUUCUGCAGCAAUGGGUCCUGGGAUAGUGAUGCAAAACUUGCAUGGAAAGAACAUGCCAUCAGGACCUGAUUUCAAGAAACAGUACAGCCCAAGAAUUAAAAUCUCCAGAACAUCAGCGGAUGGAGAUCCCCAUUUUGUUGUGGACUUCCCCUUGAGCAAGCUCACUGUCUGUUUUAACAUCGAUGGGAAUCCUGGGGACAUCCUCAGGCUGGUCUCUGAUCACAUGGACUCUGGUGUCACUGUGAAUGGAGAAUUAAUAGGGGCUCCAGCUCCUCCAAAUGGCCACAAGAAGUAUCGGACUUACUUCCGAACCAUCACCAUUCUCAUCAAUAAGCCAGAGAGAUCUUACUUGGAAAUCACACCAAACAGGAUUGUCUUGGAUGGUGGGGACAGGUUGGUCCUUCCUUGCAACCAGAGUGUAGUUGUGGGGAGCCAGGGGCUGGAGUUGUCUGUUUCUGCCAAUGCUAAUAUCACAGUGACGAUCCAGGGCACAAUUACUUUUGUCAUCCUUAUUCACCUCUACAAAAAUCCAGCUCCUUAUCAGCGAAAUCAUCUUGGCUUCUACAUCUCCAAUAGCAAAGGACUCUCAACCAACUGUCAUGGACUUUUAGGCCAGUUCCUGAACCAGGACCCUAAACUAACGAAAGAGCCAGUUGGCUUGGGCUCCAACAGGAACCAUACUGAACCUUCUGUCUCCCAGGCAGACUUAAGCUCGGAGACCAUCCUAAAAGUAAAAGGGCACCGAGUUCCAGUGAUCUGGAAACAGAGGAAGAUCUACAAUGGACAAGAACAGAUAGAUUGUUGGUUUGCCAGAAACUCAGCCAAGCUCAUUGAUGGAGUAUACAAGAAUUACUUAGCCUCCCAUCCUUUUGACACAGAGACCACUUUUGGGGUAGGAGCAUCCCAGUGACUGUAGGAUAUGACAGCCCUGGAUAUAAGAACAAAUGUUAGGGAAAUGACCUUUGAAGGUAUCCUAAUGUAUGCAACUCUAUAUGCCACAUCCCUGAGCAACUCGGCUGUCCUCUACAAAUGCCAAGCUGGCUAAAGGGUAGGGAGGGGAAGCUUGGAUAAAGAAACUAUUUCCUUCCUUCUAUUUCUUUUCUGUCUUUCCCUUUCCCAUCCACAGGGGAGAAAGAUAUGAUAAAACAAAAUGGAAGAGUGAAAUAAUGAAAAGAAAGUGAGACCCUGACAUACCUGACUUCUUCCAUGAAUCUCAGAACCUGCCACAAAUUAACCAACUCCUUGGUGUUGCAGGUUGGUUGGCUGAAGCCUUGCCUUUGAUGUGGAAAUGACCUGCCUGGGUCAGUAACUUUGCCUUUUGCCUCACUUCAAAGCUUGGCGAGCUCUCCUUUGUGAAACUUCUUAGUCCUCUGGUGCAUGGCUAGCUCCUUGCAUGGGGGGCAUCUCUAGUCUGUCUAUGGUUAUAGGUCUUAAAAAUAGCACAUGGGUUUGAUAAUGGCUAAUAAUUCUAUUAUUUCUUAGGAAAGUCAGCUCACCCUUUAAAAAAUUAGCUUAAUUUUUUUUGAGGGUAGGGGUUUCACAAUAGGAAUUGACUUGAAAUCAAUCCCUCUGCACCUAAAUCUUUGUAGCUGGAUUUGUAAAUAACUGGACUUUGUUUUUCUGAUAUUUUCCUAUUUAUUUAGUUAUGCUAAGUCCUUAAAGGAGGGAAAAUAACAAACAGCAUGUGUAUUUGAACUAGUUUGCUUGGAAUGCUGAGAAUCUUACCAGAUGUGUGUUAAGUCAUUUAUAAAGACCCAAGAAAUUUCUAGUUUACUCUAAUUCUGGAUUCUGAAUGAUUCUUUUUUUCUGCAUGAAAGGUUCUUCAGGAGAUGGUGAACUGAAUUGUGCCAAGUGGAACUGGAGGGUGAAAGGGGAAGGGGCUGGCUUGGAUUCAGAGCAGAAUGCUUUUAGCAGGCGAGCUAGCUAGAGGGGAUUAAUUCCUUGCACGUUCCCAGGAAGAGGAAAGCACACGCUUAUCAAACCUAAAAAAAGAUGCCAAAAUCUCAGAGUUGCAUAGGUCAAGGAGUCAGAAAUCACGAUGUAAGUGAAGAAGUGAUAUUUUUUUUUUCAGACCUUGGCCAAACCCAUGUCAUAAAUGGAAAAGAAAAGGAUACAGUUGUAGAGAGUUGGAAUAAAAACCCUGCCAAUGUUGUCCAUUUAAUUUUUCAGUAUCCCAUUUGAAGCCAAAUUGUGUUACUAAAGAGGAAUGAACUCCAUGGCAGAAAGGAAACUUUAGUAUUCCUCUUUUUCAAAUCCAUCUUCACUUUUGCUCUGGUGUUCACCAUAGUCCUUUUAAGUGAAACAAGCCCACAUCAUGGUGAGUGAGGAAAGUUUUCAGGGAAGAACACAGAUGCAGGGUGUAUGGAGUCAAACAGAAAAGAGGUGCCAGAAGUUUCUAGCCAAAGAAAUAGUUUGUUUUGAUGAGGGUAGUAGUAGAAGGCCAAGUAUUAACCUCAGGAGAGGUUCCUUAUGUUAGGAUAGCUGCCAAACUAGUACUUGCCUGAAAUGUGAAAACAGCUCUAGCAUUUGUGGAGAAAUCAGAAUUAAGAAAAUUGUUUGUUGUAUUUACUUUCCUUUGGGAACUAUCAGGAAUAGACAAAUGACAUCCACGUGUUAGAUCCAGACAACUUUAGUGGAAAUAGGUUAGGUCAAAACUGACUUUACUGUCUAAUUCCUCUAACUUUUCUUAAAUUGUCAACCUCUCUCUUUAACAACAGAUGGCUAGGAGUUGAUCUCCAGAACUGUCGCUUAUAGCCCUUAUCUGCUCUCUCUGUCUCUCUGUCUUUCUGUCUGUCUAUCUCUGUCUCUCCCACUAUCCCAUCUCUUUCUCCUUCUUUCUCUUUCUGUUUCUCUUUCCUUCUCCCUCUCUUUUUCUCUUUCCCUCUUUCUCUUUCUUCCCUCUCCCCCGACCCUCUCUCUCCCUCAGUUCUCUCUCAAAAUAGCUUAUUGCUCUGAGGCAAAAGGUACAGAGACAACUAGUCUAGACUGAAAGAAUAUUGUUACAUUUUGGCACUCACAGAGAUAAAGAAGUAGCAUGAUCCAGAAGCAAAAAGUAUCUGGGCAGACUCUUAUAGGGCCUUUUCUCUUUUUAAUGACAGUGCCCAAAAUGGCAGAUUGAGCUGAGUAGAACACAGCUCAUUUUAAGUAUUCCACAAAAUCCAGAAUGAGGAAUUUAGACUAAAAGAAGGUUUUCCCACUUGUGAAAGUCUUUAACGAUGGAGACAAGCAAUUAUUUUAUGGCCAUUUUCCCUCAAAGUGUCUUUUCAUCUUUAUAUUCCUUGAUAUGUUCAAGGCAAGGAUCCAGGACAAUUCCAAAGCACUCAUUACAAGAAAGGAUACCCACAGCCAUAGAAGGAGCAAACAGUCUAAAUGCAGAUUGAGACAUACCAUUCUUCAGGGGAUUUCCUUGCUAGAUCUCCUGGAAGCAUCAAGGAGCAGUGUAUAGAACUUAAUUUUAAGCCAAGAAAUAUGUGCUCUAAAGUCCCAUCUCUGGUCCAUGAUGACUAUGUGACCCUUGGUAAAUCAUUUUACCUCUCUUUGCUUUAGGCAGCUCUCAAAAAUUCUAAAUUGCAGAAAACCUGCCAUCGUAAAGGGAAUUUCUUCAUCCAAGAAUUCCCAUGCACCUCUGAAUCACAGACAAGUCCAGGCCUUAUCUCGACUCCAGAAAUAGAGUAGGAAAUUAACUGAAGGCUUUGAGUAUGGAGUCUAGGGAUCCAUUGUUAGAGGGAGAAUAAGAAGGAAUAGCCAAAGCCUUAAGGUCCUAAUGAAGAUGAAACAGAAACAAUGGUAGAACUCAGCACUACUUCUUACUUCUUCCUCCCUUGUGUGUGUGUGUGUGUGUGUGUGUGUGUGUGUGUGUGUGUGUGUGUGUGUGUGUUCUUAGAAUACCACUAUCCUCAUUCUUUCUCCCACCCAUUUUACUUCAUGAAAACCUUCCUUGGCCCAAAAAACAGACAUCUACUGAGAUUUUGCAAUGCCUCCUUAAGAUUUUUUUGAAUAUUACUGCUCCCAGAGGUCCCUGAUUUGCCUUCCUUACAUCGUUAUAUCUUUAAGUACCUUGAUUUUAGACAGAUAUAGGGCUCAUUGGUGGACUUUUCCUUCUGGAGUUUGGCAAUGAGUGGGAUAUCAAAUUGAAUUUGAUCAGAAACACAUUCUAAUGUUUUAAUCUUAAAUACUAAGGUGAUUUCCCUGACCCACUUGGUGAAUUUAAAAUCCAAAUUUGAGUUACAUGACCUGGGUUGGAAUUCUAAGGAUGCCCCACCACUAUGUGACCUUGGGCAUAUACUUAACUUUUCUCAGCUUCAGUUUGAUCUUCUGUAAAAGGGGGGUGGGCCAGAUGAUUCUUAAAUUCCCUUCCAGCUCUAAAGAUCUAGUGUUGAAAUGGUGGUUUAGAAUCUACAUUUGCCCUCUUAUUUGACUUCUCCCAGUCACAAAGAUAUACCUGUAGGAAAAGCUGGCUGGAGAUCUGGAUGCGCUCUGUGGUUGAAAAGUUAAACUAGCCAAUAGGAUUUGACCAAUGACUUUAGCCUUGCUUAUAUCACACUCUAAACCAAUUACGAACCUUUAUUAGGCAGCUAUUUACUCAUAGAACACUGUGCUAGGCACCGAGGAUACAAAAACCCUUAUGAAAUCAUCCCUGCUAUUAAGGAGUGACAUUCUUUUAGAGGAAGACACAUAUACAAACCAAAUGAAUUCACGAGAUCAGACACCUAUUAUCAAAAGUGAAACUCAUAAGAGUUCCACUGGCAGGAAUAUUCUGAAGUCAUCAAAGUUCAGUCCUUGGUGCUUCUGUUAUCGAAGUUAGGAAGAAGUGAUGGGGCUGCUGCUGUGUCAAUUCAGUCAACUGAAUUCAAGAGACAACUCUAUUUUAGGUCUCCCCAAGGCAUACUUGGGAACAGUGAGGCAGAUUCCUGGCAAAGGAUUUCUUUAGAUUUGUAGUUCUCUUAUUAGGCAGUUCUGGAAAAAGAACUCAUUCGUACACUCAACACAUGAGGGUAUUAAUGACCAGGAACUCCACCAUCUUUUAAUAUUGUACAAUUUUUUUUCCAUUGCCAUCUUUUGCUUUUAUAUCAUCUUUAUAUCUAAAAAUCUAUCUUUCUCCACUCUCUAGUAAGACAUCCUUUAUAACAAGCAAGCAAACAAACAAAUGAAUAAAAAAAAAGAAAAACAGUUAGUUGGGUAAAACCAACUAGUGCAACAACUGAUUGUGACAGUGUUCAAUAGCCACAGGUCCCCACCUUGACAGAAGAGAGAAAAGCACAUUAUUUCAUCUCUUCUUCCAGAGCAAUUCUGGUCAUUAUAGUUGCAUAGAAUUCAGUUUCUUUUUCUGUGUGUGCAUGCAUGUGUGCAGUUUUUUUGGGGGUGGGGUGGGAUUUUGGAAUAUUAAAUUACUGGACAAGGAAAAGUGGUUCAUGUAAAAGUUGGAAAUACGUUGUUCCCUUCUCAUUCAUGGGAUGAAUCUUCCAAGGAGGAAAGUAUGGACAAUUCAGUGAGGCUGCUGAAAUACUCAUCAAAAGGCAAUUCCUUUCCAAAUGUGUGCUAUCUAUUUAAUCUUAAAAUAAACAUAUGUUAAGUGAC